AUGUCGACCAAAGGCGGGAAGACGAAAGGCCCCCGGGAGCGGCGACCGAAGAACGCCGUCCCGCCCAACGCCAAGCCCAAGGGAUCGAGGGACGGGAACGCGGCGCGGAGACUGAAGGCGGAGGUCCCCGCGGAGGUCCCCGCGGAACGGAAGGUCAACUGGACGGAAGGUCUCAUCACGGAGGAGGUCGACCCGGAGGAGGUCCUCCAACGCCUCCAGAAGAAGAACGCCGUGGACUUCCUGGACGACAUCCUCAACGACGUCGUCACCUUCUCCGACUCCGAGGAGGAGACGCCCGAGGACGGCAAGCGGAAGCAGUCGACCCUCGACGACGUGAAGUGGCAGUGCAUCCGGCACGUGGAUUACUUCCGGAUGCUGGACUGGGUCUCCAACGGCCGAAGCGACGACAUGGACCAGGCCAAGGACCUCCUCUUCCGCCAGGACGACGAACUCGACGGGAAGUUCGACGACGACACGAACGCCACCGACGAGCAGAAGGCCGAGCGGACUGCGUCCGGCCCACCCGCCGCCGGCGCGAGUCUCGAUUAA